AGGGUUGUACUGGUUAUGUGCCCCUUAAACCUUAUCCCUCACUGUAACUACUGCUAAACCCCAACCUGUUCACUUGCAGGCGCCACAAACUCAUUUUGAAGCUUUGUAUCCGUAACCUCCUCUCACCAUGGCUACGGGUUUGGAUCAUCAUAUAGAGAGGGUUCUAUGGUCUGAGGAGGUUAUAUCAGAGCGAGUAUCAGAGCUCGCCUCUCAAAUCUCCAGCGAUUUUGGUCCUCUCUCCUCUUCUUCUUCUUCUCCUCCGGUCAUCGUCGGCGUCGCCACCGGCGCUUUCCUCUUCCUGGCCGACCUCGUCCGUAGGAUCCCCCUCCCCCUUGCCGUUGAUUUCAUUCGCGCCGAGUCCUACGGCUGUGGAACCGAGUCCAAUGGUGCUCCCGAAAUUUCCUUCGAUUUGAAGCUUGAUGUUCAAGGGAAGCACGUUAUUCUGGUUGAGGACAUUGUAGAUACAGGGAGCACCAUAUUUGCUCUCAUUUCAAUCUUAAAAUCUAAAGGAGCAUCUUCUGUUUCAGUGUGCGCAUUCCUAGACAAACCAGUGAGGCGAAAAGUUUAUUUUGAGCUUGUCGGUAAAGGAAAGUUCUACCGGGGCUUUGAGUGUCCAGAUUAUUUUGUUGUGGGUUAUGGAAUGGACUUUGCCGAACUCUACAGGAACCUACCUUAUGUUGGUGUCUUGAAGCCUGAAUACUACAAGUGAAAUGAUUUGUCACAAUGACAGAUGCAUACAACUAUUUAGUUUUUGGUUGCUCCAUCUGAUUUUCUGUGUAUUGAAAACCCCUGGCAAUGGUAUAUGUGAGAUGCAAGAUGAAAUGCUAGGCAUCUUUUGAGGAUGUGCUUCCUGAACGUAUUGAAUAUAUCUUUGUAGCUAGCAAGGCUAUCAACACUGCGAAUGAGAUUCAGGAUCAGUUUGGGUGAAA